AUCAUUUUAAAAAUCUUUAUCAAGUUACUGUGAGAACUGGGCUCCCUCCUUCUGCAACUUGGAAAGAAUCCAUCAAUUCUCCUCCUGAACUUCUUACUCCUUUGUUCAAAUAAGACUGAUUGAGUUGGAGAUAAUUGGAAGAAGGGAGAAGAAAGAAGAAGAGUGGAGUGAAAAGAGAUGACUUCAGGGGGAGGGAGGAUGCCGACGUGGAAGGAGAGAGAGAACAACAAGAGGAGGGAGAGGAGGAGGAGAGCCAUCGCCGCCAAGAUUUUCUCUGGUCUGAGAAACCUCGGCAACUAUAAGCUUCCGAAGCAUUGCGACAACAACGAGGUACUUAAAGCCCUCUGCGCUGAGGCCGGCUGGGUCGUCGAGGAGGACGGCACAACUUAUCGCAAGGGAAGCAAGCCACUCGCACGACCACCGGAGGCGACAGCAGGAGCCCCAUGUACCAACUACAUAAGCCCAAGUUCAGCCUUCACCAGCCCUCCAUCUUCGGCCUUCACCAGCCCUGUGCCUUCCUACCAUGCGAGCCCAACAUCUUCGUCCUUCCCAAGCCCCUCCCGACUUGAGAAUUCUGAUAAUCCCAACAGAAUCAAUACCUCUUAUAUCCUCCCUUUCAUACGAAACCUCUCAUCACUUCCUCCUCUCCGCAUCUCCAAUAGCGCUCCAGUGACCCCUCCACUCUCCUCCCCAUCUUCCCGGCCUCUGAAGCUUAGGAAGCCUGACUGGAGCUACACCGCCUACCAUGGCCACCCUCUAUUUCUGGCCUCAGCCCCGGCCAGCCCCACCCGUGACCGACAUCACCAUCAUCCGGCGACGAUACCUGAAUGUGAUGAGUCUGAUUCUUCUACUAUCGAUUCCAACCGUUGGGCCAGUUUGCAGAAUACUGCUCCUGCAUCUCCCACUUUCAACUUGGUCAAUCGAGCUCGUCUAAUGCCAGAGUCUGCUGUGGUUGCAGGAGGGAUACUCGAAAGGAGCCUAAGCGCCAUUGAAUUUGAAUUUGAGAGCAUGAGGGUCAAGCCAUGGGAAGGGGAGAGGAUUCAUGAGGUUGGGGUAGAGGACGAUUUGGUACUCACAUUGGGUUUGGGUAAAUGAUGAUUUCAUUUAUUUGUGAUGUGAAAGUACUGGUCAAUUUGUUUCAGGACACUGGAUCUUUCCCUAUCCCAGAUCAAACAUCUAUGGCCUUCUCCAUUGGUGAACUUAAUGGAGCUAUGAAAUCUUCCAUUGAUGAAAUCAUUUGAAAGCAUGCUUUCCAAGCACUUUCUAUGCAUCAUGUGGCUUAUUACUAUUCAAAUUUUGAGCUUUAUGAAACUAUGAUCUUUUAUUGAUUAUGUCAUUUCCAA